UGGAGGAAGAGGAAGCUGGUUCUGAAAAACCUAUGUUGGUUGUUGUGCGCUUUGUUGUUCUUUUGUUUAUUUAAUUUGGAUCAGAAAUGAACCUUGCGUAAACUUUAAAAUGCUCUACAGAAAAGAAUCUGGAAAACCAUUUUCACUCAGUCAAGGUAUUUGAAAAAGAUUAGAUGAUAUUAAUGGAUCUCCAGAAAAAGACCCAGUAGUAGGUUUCAAGAUACUGUUUUGGGGAACUCCUGGUAUUGGUUGCUUCCUUUUCUCUUUUUGCUGAAUUUGAUUUUGCAGAAUGCUUUUGUUGUACUGCAACAGUUUUAAGUAGGACAGUUGCAAUUUUUUGGGAGGCUUUGAUUAGCUCCAGCCACGUGUGGGUGAUGGAGUUUCUAACCUCCCUGGGCAGGAAUCCUCCCUCAGCUCUGCCACAACGUGGUGCCCGGGUGUCUUCAGCUGCUGCUUCCGUUUCACUUCAUCCUUCCCUAGUAAUUUUUGUUUUCAAUCCUUUUUUUUUUUUUUUUUUUUUGCUACACUUCAGCUUUUUGUUGAAACUGAUCUUGAAUUUCUGACGUGAGAUGGGAGCGUGCAUCUGAAUGCUCUGGCUCCUGGAUUUGUCUUCAGCCCCUGUGUGCUCCUGCCAGGCUCCGCGCGGAGGCAGACGAUGCAGAAUCUCAGCGCCUGAUUUUUGGGAACCCAGACUCACCGGACCUUCAGGGUAUGUAACGGAUGGGCCUGGGAACUACAAAUACAAAACAAAAUGCACCUGGCUCAUUGAAGGAAGGCCAAACACAAUCCUCAGGCUUCGAUUCAAUCACUUUGCCACAGAGUGCAGUUGGGACCACUUGUAUGUGUAUGAUGGAGACUCAAUUUAUGCUCCUUUACUGGCAGCUUUUAGCGGUCUUAUUGUUCCUGAGAAAGAUAGCAAUGAAACAGUACCCGAAGUUGUAGCUACUUCUGGAUAUGCUCUUCUGCAUUUCUUCAGUGAUGCUGCCUAUAAUUUGACUGGCUUUAACAUCACGUAUAAUUUCAAUAUGUGUCCCAAUAAUUGCUCUGGCCGAGGAGAGUGCAAGCUGAAUAACAGCAGCAACGCUCUUGAAUGUGAAUGUGCCAAAUACUGGAAAGGAGAAGCUUGUGAUAUUCCCUACUGCGCAGAUGAUUGUGGGGCACCUGAGAGAGGGUAUUGCAACUUCAAUGAUACUAAGACAUGUUCGUGCUCUGCAGGCUGGCAAGGUCCUGGCUGUUCAAUUCCUGUUCCCGCAAACCAGUCAUUUUGGACCCGGGAGGAAUAUUCUCUUCCAAAACUUCCUAGAGCAUCUCACAAAGCCGUAAUCCACGACAAUAAAAUGUGGAUUGUUGGAGGCUAUGUCUUCAAUCAUUCUGACUCUCAGAAGGUUUUAGCGUAUGAUCUUAUUUCUGAAGAGUGGCUUCCCCUGAACAGCACUGUGAACUCAGUAGAGAUGAGGUACGGUCAUUCGCUGGCGAUACAUAAGGAUGAUAUAUACAUGUAUGGUGGAAAAAUAGAUGCCACGGGGAACGUGACCAGCCAGCUGUGGGUGUUCAACAUUCCCAGGCAGACGUGGACUCAAGCGACACCGAAAGCCAAGGAGCAGUAUGCUGUUGUUGGCCACUCGGCUCACAUCAUCACCUUGAAAGAUGACAGCGUGGUCAUGCUCGUCAUCUUUGGGCACUGCCCUCUUUAUGGGUAUAUCAGCAACGUCCAGGAAUACAACCUGGCCACGAAUACGUGGAGCAUCUUACAGACAAGUGGAGCUUUGGUGCAAGGAGGGUAUGGUCACAGCAGUGUUUAUGAUUCGAAUACAGAAUCAAUUUAUAUCCACGGAGGGUACAAGGCAUUCAGUGCCAACAAGUACAGGCUAGCAGAUGACUUGUACAAAUACGAAGUUAAUACCCGUAUGUGGACAAUUCUUAAAGACAGCAGAUUCUUUCGCUAUUUGCACACUGCUGUGAUAAUGAGUGGAACCAUGCUGGUGUUUGGAGGAAACACGCACAACGACACUUCCAUGAGCCACGGCGCUAAGUGCUUUUCUUCAGAUUUUAUGGCAUAUGAUAUUGCUUGCAAUAAGUGGUCUGUUCUUCCUCGCCCGGGUCUCCAUCACGAUGUGAACAGGUUCGGCCAUUCUGCUCUGCUGCACAACAGUACCAUGUAUAUAUUUGGAGGUUUCAAUAGCCUCCUCCUGAGUGACAUCCUGAAAUACACCCCGGAGAGAUGCGAAGCCUUCGACAACGAAACAGCUUGCUUGCGAGCGGGCCCUGGCAUCCGCUGCGUGUGGGCUGCCACCGUUCCGGGCUGCGUCCCCUGGGAAAUGGCGACAGUAGAGCAGAAGCAAAAGGUCUUUGAGGACUGUCCUUCCCGGCCAGUUGUAGACAAUGAAAAAUGUGAUCAGAUUACAGACUGCUAUAGCUGUACAGCAAACACAAACAACUGUCAAUGGUGCACUGACCAGUGUAUCUCAAUGCAUAACAACUGCACAGAGGAACAGGUUCCUAUUACUGCUUAUGAGAAUUGUCCUAAGGAUAACCCUGCCUAUUACUGCAGUAAAAGGACAAGUUGUAAAAGCUGUGCCAUGGAUCAGAACUGCCAGUGGGAACCUAGGAAUCAGGAGUGCAUCGCUUUACCAGAGAAUAUCUGUGGAACGAACUGGCAUUUGGUUAGCAAUUCCUGCUUGAAAAUUACAAACGCAAAGGAGAACUACGAUCACGCCAAGCUGUCUUGCAGGUCCAAUGGUGCUUCGCUGGCUUCUCUCACAACCCAGAAAAAGGUAGAAUUUGUUCUAAAGGAGCUGCAGAAGAUGCAGUCUUCGUCCAAAAUGUUGACUCCAUGGGUUGGAUUGAGGAAAAUCAACGUGUCGUAUUGGUGCUGGGAGGACAUGUCUCCCUUCACAAACACCCUGCUCCAGUGGCUCCCUGAUGAACCAAGUGACGCUGGAUUUUGUGGUUAUUUAGCUGAGCCUUUCCAGCAGGGACUGAAGGCAGCAACGUGUAUCAACGAAGUCAACGGCAGCGUCUGCGAAAGGGCAGCUAACCACAGCGCCAAGCAGUGCCGCACGCCCUGUGCCCUGCGCACCAUGUGCGGGGAGUGCACGAGCGGCAGCUCCGAGUGCAUGUGGUGCAGCAACAUGAAGCAGUGCGUGGACUCCAACGCCUACGUGGCCUCCUUCCCCUAUGGGCAGUGUAUGGAGUGGUACACCAUGAGCAGCUGUCCGCCUGAGAACUGUUCAGGCUACUGCACGUGUGCUCACUGUUUGGAGCAGCCGGGCUGUGGGUGGUGUACCGACCCCAGCAACACCGGCAAGGGCAAGUGCAUCGAAGGCUCCUAUCGAGGGCCUGUCAAGAUGCCAACCCCAUCUGCCACAGGGAAACACAGCUUGGAGCCUGUCCUUAAUGUCAGCAUGUGUCCUGCGGAGAACAAGUACAAUUGGUCCUUUAUUCAGUGUCCAGCCUGCCAGUGUAAUGGGCACAGUAAGUGUGUAAAUGAAAGCAUCUGUGAGAAGUGUGAAAAUCUGACAACUGGCAAGCACUGUGAAACUUGCAUCUCUGGCUACUACGGCGAUCCUACUAACGGAGGAACGUGUCAGCCUUGCAAGUGCAACGGCCAUGCCUCUGUCUGCAACACAAACACGGGGAAAUGUUUCUGCACUACCAAGGGAAUAAAAGGAGACGAGUGUCAACUGUGUGAAGUUGAAAACAGAUAUCAGGGAAAUCCGCUUAAAGGAACAUGUUACUAUACUCUUCUCAUUGACUAUCAGUUCACCUUCAGCCUUUCUCAAGAGGAUGAUCGCUAUUACACAGCAAUCAACUUUGUAGCAACACCUGAAGAGCAAAACAGAGACCUCGACAUGUUUAUCAAUGCAUCUAAAAAUUUCAACCUCAAUAUUACUUGGUCAACAAGUUUUGCAGCUGGCACGCAGGCUGGGGAGGAAAUUCCAGUUGUUUCAAGAACUAAUAUAAAAGAAUACAAGGACAGUUUCUCCAAUGAGAAAUUUGAUUUCCGCAACAAUCCAAACAUCACUUUCUUUGUUUACGUCAGCAAUUUCACCUGGCCAAUAAAAAUACAGAUUGCAUUCUCACAACACAGCAACUUUAUGGACCUGGUACAGUUCUUUGUGACAUUUUUCAGUUGCUUCCUGUCUUUGCUCCUGGUGGCAGCUGUGGUUUGGAAGAUUAAACAAAGUUGCUGGGCAUCACGAAGAAGAGAGCAACUACUCCGUGAGAUGCAACAGAUGGCAAGUCGCCCCUUCGCCUCCAUCAACGUUGCCUUAGAAACAGAUGAAGAACCGCCAGAUCUCAUUGGGGGAAGCAUAAAGACUGUGCCGAAGCCGAUAGCUCUGGAGCCCUGCUUUGGCAACAAAGCAGCCGUUCUCUCCGUGUUCGUGAGGUUGCCUCGAGGACUUGGGGGUAUACCACCACCAGGACAGUCAGGUCUUGCUGUGGCCAGCGCACUGGUGGACAUUUCACAACAGAUGCCAAUUGCCUACAAAGAGAAAUCGGGUGCAAUACGAAAUCGGAAACAGCAGCCCCCUGCACAGCCAGGAACCUGUAUUUGAUGCAUGGACAUCAGAAACUGUAUGGGGUUUUACACAAAACGGAGAAGUAACACCUAGGAGGAGGAAGAUUUUCAAGUUGUGUCACAAGAGACUAGAAGCACUCAGAAAAACACAGCUUCCUUGAACCCAGCCUUUUCUCUCAUCUACGUGAUAGUCGGCUUUCUUUGACAACUGCUCCACUUAAGUUUUUACUGACACGUGGCUUCAGAUUGCGCCUUUGUUUUCUUCGAGUUUAAAGUAAAAUAAUUUUAUUGCAGGUCGAGAAACAUCCGUUCCCCACCGUUCAUGGUCAGUGUAAAUAGAACAGUAGUACAAUGAAUGACACUCAGGUUUAUACAUGGAAAGUGCUUUGUAGUUCAUGUAUUUAUCAAACUGUACAAAAAAAAAAAAAAAAAGAUGCAGUGUUUACAGGUGUCAGCUCAACACAUAAACACUACAAUUAGUCUUCAAGGCAUCUUCAUCCUUUUCAUUUAAUAUAUAUAUGUUUAUUCCCACAUUAUUUAAAUGGAACUCUCUUCCAGAUACAAUUUUUUGUAGUAAUUAUGGUCCACAACGUCAGGAAGGCAAGAGCUAGGGUGGUUUAAAGGGUGAUGUUGUGUGUUGCUCAGACCAAGUGCAAUACCUGGAGGAGCUGAGUGUUGCUGUUGAAGGACUCAGUGUUUACAUAGUCUUAACCUACUUGGAGUACACCACACACAAGUGCCUAGACUUGAACAGAUCUAGGGAGUGAGGAGACUACUACACGCAUUUCUUUUUAACAUAAUUAUGUUCCUUUUAAAUAUAUAUAUACGGAGAGAGAGAGAAUGUCACUCAAGGCAAUCUGUGCUCUUUAUAAUAUGUCACGUGCAGUCAGGAGAAAAUGGCAUUUUCGUGACCCACAAACUAUUCAGCCAGAUGGAAAUAUCUGGAGGGAAAGUAGAGUUUCAGUAUCUCAGAAGAAAACUCCUGGCUUCAUCGGCGCAUUUAAUAGAAGCAGUUUGUGUUCUGGGUCAGAUACGUUACAUUUCUUCUGUGUUUCUCUGCCCAUUUGGCCUCUUUCCCUCCCUUUUCCCUCGGGCCAUUUUUCUGGACAAGAGCCGAGCUGUGCCAGUGCACGGAGGCGCUGCUCCUUGGCAGCAAGACUUGUCCCAUCUCCUUACUGGGUGUAAAAAGCAACACUCCGGGUGCGAGGUCAUUUGAGGAUGAGGAAAAAAAAAUAGGCAGAGCAGCUUCACUUGGCCACAGGUGUGAAUUUUCCGUGAUUAAAUGAUGUUCCCUGUGUGGGUUGGGUGUUCGUAUCAGGUCUUUGAUGCUGAAGACGGUGGCUUGGUGUAAGGAAGGGAUUUGGAAAGAGCAAAAAAAAAAAAAAAAAAAAAGGCGUGGCUUUUGGAGGGUGUGUCAAACCAUCUGGCCCUUUUUAAAGUGAAUUAGUUGGGAUUGUGUUUUGAGGUUCAAGGUGGGGCUGUACCUGUCUGUGCGUGCUGCUGCGCGAUGUCUCCGCUGAUGGCAGAGAUCCAGCAGAUCGCGCUGGGGGCAUGUGGUGCGGUGCUGGGACCACGCCAAGUGGUGGUGGUGGAGAUAUGAUGUUGAUGUGCCAAACGAGGCAUGAGAUUGUAACUUAAUCACUGUACAUGUGGUUCCAUUUGGAUUGCUCGUUUCUGAGGAGGACAUCUAGUAUUUAUGACAGGCAGAAGCAACGAACCAGGGGGACCAAAGGGAACUGCUGUCCAAUCUUCUGGUCUGGUAGCACCCUUUCCCGAAACGCAACCCGAGUAACUGCAUCUUUUUUUGUGCACGUUUUGGUAAUCCAUCACAUAUCAUCCACUUGUUCCUUUUUGUUAGUGCGUGUUUCGAAGAACCUUUUUGGAGCGCGGCAUUGCAAUAAAGAUGUGAGCUGC